AAUGUAAAUGCUACACCUCUCCUUGAGGCUGAACUCAACCAACUCUUGGAAAACAAAGGAGGGCUCGAAGUUUCAGAUUAUGGGCAUUUUGGGAACCUGAUGCUUGGGGAGAGAUGCGAGCUGGUCCUGUGGAUACAAAAUAAAGGCUCUGAGCCUCAGACAUUGGAGCGCUGUAACUUUGCUGGUUGGGACUCCACAGAGCAGUUCACCAUAGUUACUGUCGGCACGUCCACAUCACCCAAAAGGAAGCAGCAACCUGUUUCCCAAAGUGGCUCAAAGUUGACAGAAAACAAAGAAGGAGAUGCAAAGGAGGAAGAGGGAAAAAAUGGUGCAAUGGAGACAGCCACAGUUCAAUCCCCUGAGGCUGAAGAGGAGGGGAGAGAGGUGGAAAUAUCGCCUGGAGGAAGAGUGUCUGUUGUUAUCGCCUGCAAAGCAAAGAGCAUUGGAGGCUGUACUGAGCUGCUGUUGCUGCAUUUCUCUUCUUUCACCAUUGGGAGGUAUCUGCUGGUUAAAGUGGGCAGUGAGGAUGAAGACUUGCUGAAGCCCUCUCAGGUCUAUUGUCCCCAAAAUCCCGUGCUGCUCACUAAAGCAGCCUCACAUGUGGUCACCGUAUCUGCUCCAAAAGUUGCACGAAGGCUCAGCAAGCGACGGUUAACAAACUUCCUGCCAGGAUUUCCGGUGCCAAAUGCUCUGAGGGACUGUGUGGAGUUGAAUAAGGAUGUGCUGGCUGUUCAGCCUUGUUUGGGAGAGGUUCUCUCACCGUCCAACAUGCAUUCACGGUUCUCAACCCUUCUUUGGCUUGAAGAGCUGAACGCAGAAAGGGAACUACAAGAGUUUACUAUCAGAGGAGCUCUUCUUCGCAAAGGAGCCAGCUACCUGCACCUUGAGGUGGUUGGGUUGGCUGAAGGGAGACCUAAUCUAAACAUAGGGGACAAAGUUUCUCUGAAGAAACUGCAGAGUGAUGGUUUGGAGAUGGAGUAUAUCGGUUACGUCGUUGAGAUUAAUGGGGAGGAUGUUGGUCUGAGAGUGAAUUCAGGGUUUCACAGCAGCUACCUCGGUGAGCCGCUUGAUGUGGAGUUCAGCUUAAAUCGGCUAACCAUGAGGCGAUGUCAUCAGGCUCUUGAACUGACAAAACAUUUUCAUGAGAUUCUCUUCCCAACCAGAGUGGUGCCUCAGACCCCCCAGUGGACUGAACCAUGGAUGGAUGAGAGUCCAACGACUGAAAGUGGAAACGAGUCGAGCGCUUCUGUUGACAUGAAGUCUAAGGCCACACAGACUAAAGCUGCAGUUGGGAAACAAACAGCCAAACCACUACCCAUCAAAGGGCAGUUUUUUAACACAGACCUUAACCCUCGUCAGAGGGAGGCAGUCAAGAGGAUCCUAGAAGGAGAGUGUCGCCCUGUUCCCUAUGUGCUGUUUGGACCUCCAGGAACCGGAAAGACCAUUACAAUCAUUGAAGCCAUACUGCAGGUCUAUCACUUUCUGCCCAGCAGUCGGGUGCUGGUGUGCACUCCGUCCAACAGUGCCGCUGACCUCAUCUGCAUACGCCUUCAUUACAGUGGCUUUCUGCAUGCUGCCAGCUUGGCCCGUGUCAACGCCUCCUGUAGGGAGAAAGAGGCCAUUCCUGAAGUGUUGCAGCCUUACUCUCGGGCAGGAGAAGACCUCCGUCAUGCUGCUUUCCACAGGAUUGUUGUCAGCACCUGCAGCAGUGCUGCCAUGUUUUAUAAUGUUGGACUACAAGUGGGACAUUUUACCCACAUGUUUCUGGAUGAAGCUGGUCAAGCCACUGAGCCAGAGUCUCUGAUCCCUAUCAGCCUCAUUUCAGAGAUGGAUGGGCAGAUAGUGCUGGCUGGAGACCCCUGCCAACUGGGUCCCAUAGUGAAGUCCAAGCAGGCCGCAGCCUUUGGGCUGGGGGUGUCUCUUUUGGAGAGGCUGAUGGCUAACCCCCUGUACGCCAAGCACGACUGGGGAUAUAACCCUAAACUGGUGACUAAGUUGAUCUACAACUAUCGCUCUCAUGAGGCCCUGCUUGCAUUGCCCUCCAAGCUCUUUUACAUGGGGGAGCUGUGCUUUAAAGCUCAGAGGGAUAUUGUGGAUUCCCUGUGCCAAUGGAAAGGGCUGCCAAAAAAAGGCUUCCCCCUCCUCUUUCAUGGCGUCAGGGGUGAAGAAAUGAGGGAGUGCAGCAACCCAUCAUGGUUCAACCCAACAGAAGCUGUGCAGGUGAUGAUGUACUGCUCUGAACUGGCAACAAAGCUCUACAACCCUGUGCCCCUCUCUGACAUCGGCGUCAUCGCUCCCUAUAGGAAACAGUGUGAGAAGAUUCGACUGCUGCUGAGCAAAAGGGGCUUGUCUGACAUCAAAGUGGGCUCAGUGGAGGAGUUCCAAGGUCAAGAGUUUCUGGUCAUCGUCUUGUCAACGGUGCGUUCUGGCAAAUUAGCGGAGGUUGCUGAUGCACAGAAUUCGCUUGGAUUUCUGGACAAUCCAAAACGCUUCAAUGUGGCGGUCACUCGUUCCAAAGCUCUACUCAUCGUUGUUGGAGACCCUCAUAUUCUCAUUAGGAAUCCAUGCUUCAGGGCUCUUCUGCAGUACUGCUUGAACAACGGGGCAUAUAAAGGCUGUGACCCCCCUCAAUAAUAAAGAUUAUGGUGUCUACUACUUGUAAUUAUUGUGAUUAUCUUGAUUUACAAGCUGUAUUUUUUCUAAGAUUUUGCAAGAAAUUUGCUGUAAAAAUAAGUAAUCCUGUUUUAGCAUUACAGUGAACUAAGGUGGACGCAUAUAGAUAAUAGAUCAAACAGAACUAAUUUAAACUUUCAUUUAAGUACAAUAGUCUUUGGAUUGUCAGCCAAUGCUGGGGUUGGGGGGUGUAAGUAGUCUACUGAUGUCAGCUUGGCUGCGUCUGCCCAUAAGGCUUGGAGACUGGAUGUGACAAUUGAGUGCUAUUGACAGUCUGUCAUCUGUCGACUGUCAGCCCUGCUGGAGCCCAGCAGGAUGAAGAAAGAAGGGGGGGUAAGUCUGGGGGGAAAAAAAGAGACAAAUGGGAGUUUAAUGUAUGAGUCUCCUGUGUACAAGGGGAGACAUCUUUUAUCUGAGUUUGCUGUGCUGACACCCAGUCCUCCUCCCUGCCUUCCUAAACACACCUUAGUCUUUGAUGUUUUGCAAGGGCUUGUUUUGCUCAACCACAUGGCCAGAAAACAGCAGCAUAACAUUGAAA